CGUGGGAAACGGGCACAUCUUUCUGCUUGUCAAAUUCGAGCUGGGUCAAAAAAAUAACACAUUUUACGUUGAGAAACAGCGCAAAAUCGUGUGCUUCCUUCGGAAUCCGGAACAUAUUGAUGCACAAAAAUUGCGAUGUCAUCGUCAGAGCAGCGUCAGAAGAAGUUCGACUUGCACCGCAACAAGGACAAUACCAGCAGGACAGGGAACAACAACAACAGCGACAAAAAUAUGCAGCAACCAAACGUACACAGACGUGCGGCCGGAUCCAAUUGGCUGGCUGCCACUGCCUCGGGAAGCGAGAACAAGGUACAGGUGGCGAAGGCGGCUGAGGAAGGAUCUUCAACUGACUUCGAGCACCUGACCAAAUCGGCACGCACACGCCAGAGGAAGAUGGCCCAGCGCAAUCGGUAUUUGGCCAUGGACUGCGAGAUGGUUGGAGUGGGCCACAAUGGGCAGGAGGACAUGCUGGCCCGAGUCUCGAUUGUGAAUAGUGCAGGCCAUGUUCUGCUGGACAAGCACGUAAAGCCGCGCCAACCGGUUACAGACUAUCGCACCAGCGUUUCGGGCAUACGCCCGCAUGAUAUUGAGAAUGCAGAAGACUUUGCCACCGUCCAGGACGAGGUUGUGAAGCUUCUACACGGCAAAAUUCUCGUCGGCCACGCCCUGCGCAACGAUCUCAACGUCCUGAGCAUCAAGCAUCCGUUCGAACAGAUUCGCGACACAUCGCGCUACAAGCCACUCUGCAAACUCGUCUCCAACGGCCAUACGCCAAGUCUCAAGCGGCUCACCAUGGCCGUGCUCGGCCAGGAAAUCCAAACCGGCGAGCACAACUCGGUGGAGGAUGCCCGCUCUGCCAUGGGCAUAUACAAUCGCAUUGCCGCCGACUGGGAGAAGUAUCUGGAGAAGAAGCAGCUCCAGCAGCAGCGCUUCUGAUGCCCGCUCUCGGGUCCUCUCCCAUGUGGGCUUUAUAGUUUAAAGACGUACUGUACAAACGAGUUUCUUUUUAUUGGAAACUGUUGCUUAAUAUAUAACAUGUUACAAAC